AUGCUUCAUGGGAAGAAGUUGGCCAAGCAGGUGCUGCUGCCUUCUGUGCUGGAAGACGAUGACGCAGAAACAGAAAGUGGGAAGCUGCAGCUGGGGGAGGUAGGAAACCGACUAUGCAGCCAAGUUUGCAAACUCUUGAGCAAGGGAAGUGUGAACGACCAGCCAAGAAUGAGCCAGACAGAGGUUGAUAUGCGUGGGCCAAAAGACCAACACUCAAGCCCUGACAGGAACGUGCUAGACGGAGGCACAAGAUACGGGGAAGACGAAGAAAAGGAGCCUGAAGUACAGGAGUGCCUGAGCUCUGAUGAUGACUAUGAUACAGAUUUGGAGCUCGAAGGUAAGGAGGCGGCAUACGAUCUGACAGGGCAGACAUGCUACAUGACAGCGUGUAAAAAGUUCCGGGUGGUCCCUGCCUCUUAUUUCCUGCAGCAUAUGCAAAAUAGCACACUGGUUAUGAUGCAUCGUGGCCUGGGGCCUCAGGGCACCAAAGCACUGGCGGUUCCCCUGGUAACCAACACUUCAAUACUGCGGCUGAACCUGCGAGAUAAUUGGAUGGAAGGCAUGGGUGGAGCUGCUAUAGCUGAGAUGUUAAAAGAAAAUUGCUACAUUACAGAGGUGGACCUGUCCAAUAACAAUCUAGAGGUUUAUGGAGCCAAAGCCAUAGCUGGUAUGCUUAAAGAGAACAGCACCCUGGUGAGCCUCAUUCUGUCAGGAAACCAUUUCACAGACCGGUCCACUGAACACCUCUGCCCAGCGCUGAUCACCAACACCAAACUACAGCACCUCGACCUCAGCUACAAUGCUCUGGGGGAGCGUGCAGGAGAACACCUGGGAGAUGCUCUGUCUGAGAACACCGGGCUGAGAUCGCUAAACCUGGCAUGGAAUUGCAUUCGACAAAAAGGAGCAGUAAUGCUGGCCAAUGGUCUUGGGGAAAAUGUUUUUCUUAGAAUACUGGAUCUGUCAUUUAAUGGCUUUGGGAAAGAAGGAGCCAGUGCUUUAGGACAGGCUCUUAAAGAGAACAAUGUUUUAGAAGAGUUAAAUAUCAGUAACAACCGAAUACCCCCUGAAGGAGCGAUCCACCUCGCCAUGGGCCUCAAAGUAAACAAGACAAUCAAAUCCCUGAAUAUUGGCAGGAACCCCAUCCUGAAUGCUGGAUGCUAUGGGAUCCUUAAAUCUGUACAGGACAACCCAGAUUCAGCCUUGGAGACUUUAGACUUUUCAGACAUCACAGUAAGCCGGGAUUUUGAAGACUUGUAUACAGCAGUGAAAGAAAUAUUCCCUGCGCUUAGAGUAAAUCAUGGGGGCCGCUUUGGCACAUUCAGCAAAGCAAAAGCUUGA